GAUAAGGCGGCCUGCUAUCGGAGGUAUCGGUCGCGUUUCGAGCGGCCGGCCGGCGCGGCGCCCAGUAUCGGUGCUGACGGGGUAUCGUCGCGGCGCGAGCUCCCCGGGCCGCGGCCUGUGGUAACCGUCACGUGGUGGCAGUCCGUCGACCAGUCCCCGGUGCUGCUGUGGCUACCUGGAGACGUGUUUACCUGCACAUGUACAGAUUGCAGGUGUCCUAUGCUGACUUGAGCUUCAUUUGCCUACCCCAGUACCGGAACUGCCCAGGCUAUACAUGUGACGAAACAAUGCAAUAAUGUGACACAGAAACUGGAUGAAGACAGAGCCAUGAAGCAAUUGAAAAUAGCCUGAACUAUGAUAAUGUUCGGCACAAUGAGUUUCCUGCUCAACUCCCGGUUCGUGGGCCGCUACAUCUCUCUGCUGCUGCUCGUCUGCUGUGUGGCAGCCACGGUAUUUCUCCUGUACCGUCCUGCCUCCGCCCCAGCGGUGCCACCCCCCGAGCUGCCGUGGCUCGGGACUUCCGGUGACGCCGCCUGCCGUCUUCCGCCGCUGCCCCUCAACCCGCCCGAGCUGCAGCCUCUGUUCCACCACGUUCCGCCACUCGUCUGUGACCCUGAGCCUGCCUGGGUCACCGUGCUCGGCAGCAACGUGAACAUCAGCGCCACAGCCCGGCGAGCUCACGGACGUGUCACCUGCCAGUUCACCGACCUGCUGCUCAAGGACGACAUGUGGGCCGUCCAGGGGUUCCGCUCCAACUCGGAGGAGGGAUACACUCUGAAGGAGUCUGACUUUGUGAGUGUCAGCUGCACCGCUGAGGAUGGAGGGACGUGGAAUAAUAUUGUUGCCGGAGUUCGCAAGAACGCGGCACCGCACGCGCUGCCGCUGUCGGACUUGCCCAAGGACCACCUUCCCGUGAACAUUCUCAUCUGGGGCUUCGACUCGUUGUCACGAAACACGUUCAUGCGCAAGCUGCCACGCACGUACGCCUUCCUGCGUGAUGAGCUGCACGCCACUGUCCUGCGCGGCUACAACAUCGUGGGGGACGGCACGCCGCAGGCCCUGAUCCCCAUUCUAACUGGGCGGACCGAACGGGAGCUGCCGGACACCCGUCGGCGGACCUGGGGCUCACAGAUGGUCAACGUGUACCCGUUCCUCUGGAAGGACUUCCAGAGUGACGGCUACGUGACCGCCUUCAACGAGGACCAACCGGACAUCGGCACCUUCCAGUAUCGGCUGCGUGGCUUCAACCCUCAGCCGACGACGCACUACAUGCGGACCUUCUUUCUGGCGGCCAGCAGGACGUACGGCAACAACGCGCCGUACUGCCUCCGCGACACGCCGCGACACAAAGUGAUGUCCGACUUUGUCGAGAACAUGUACGAGGCUUACCCAGAUCGAGCCAAGUUCAUCUUUAGCUUCCACUGUGAGCUGUCACACGAUGACAUCAAUCAGAUCGAGGUGGCAGACGCAGACAUGGAGGCGUUCUUGCAGCGAAUGAAGAGCAAGGGACACCUGGACAAUACUGUGCUGAUCGUGAUGGCAGACCACGGUCACCGCUUCACGGCAGUGCGUUCCACUCAGCAGGGCAAGCUGGAGGAGCGCCUGCCGUUCUUCUCGUGGACAUUUCCGACGUGGGUGCGGCAGCGCUACCCGAAUGUCAUAGCAGCGCUGGAAGAAAAUGUGGAGCGGCUCACGACGCCGUUCGACCAGUACCAGACGCUGUCGCACCUGCGACACUGGCCGGACGGUCCUCCCCCUGACCCCGCCAACCGCGCCGUCAGCCUGCUGGUGCCUGGCACGGCUGCUCGCGGCUGCGCGGCCGCCGGCGUGGAGGCUCACUGGUGCGCCUGCCUGCGCUGGCUUCCCGUGUCCAUCAACGACUCUUCAGUGGUCGCGGCCGCGCGCGCCUUCGAGGAGUACGUGCUGGCGGAGCAGGAGCGCGAGGCUCCGGGCGCGUGCGCGCCGCUGGAGGUGCUGGCGGUGGAGCGGGCCGAGUUGCUGGCGCCGCAGCAGGAUGUGCUGCGCUUCGUCAGCUCUAAGGACGCGGACGGUUUCGUGCCGGACCUGAGCGGCUCCUCGGCCACUGAGCAGACGCUGCAGCUGCGGCUGCUGGCCGCUCCCGCCGACCGGACCUUCGAGGUGACCGUGGUGGUCGAGGGGGGCGGCACGGUUCGAGUGAGACACGAAGACAUCAGCCGCCUGGACCGCUACGGUAGACAGGCGCGCUGUGUCGAACAGCGCAUGGAUCACAUGCGGAAACUGUGCUACUGUCGAGACGAGCCGGUGGAAGCCGGCCCCGCCGCGCCGGCCGGGAGGCGCAGUGAUAUCUUGCCUCGCGAUGAACAGGCUCAAGUGUAACACGAACAAAAAAGUGACCGAAUUACCAGUGGCGCUGAUUUUAUACUGAUCUUUUUUGUAGUGUGAAAUAUGUAAGUCACCGCUCGCAUUGUGUUUUGCUGAGAUUUUUACACGUACCGUCUCGUACUCCGGAGACCAUGAAAAAUGCUCAUUAGAUAACAUACUUCACUGAGUAAAUAAUUUAUUCAGUGAAUUAUGUAUAUCUUUUAAAAGACCACUCUUGGAAACUCAAGAAGUAGCAUGAUCACUCAAGCAAGCUCAAAAAGCUGUUAUGAUGAUUCAUAUUUCAUUGUGGAUUUUGCUUUCUUGUUGAUAAUUCUUUUUUUCACUUUUGAAAGUAGGCUUUGUGAUAGAAUGUAAAGGAUGAGCGUUCGAGGAAGACAUGGAAUAACAGAUGCUACCGGUUGGUGAACACUAAGUACCAAUUUAGUGUUAUGGUCUGGUUGAAAAAGAACAGCUGAUAGGGAAGUUCUUGAAAUGCAUUGUCACCGAAAUAUUGAGUGGAUCUUAGUCGAACGUUGUUAUGGUAGAAGUAUAAGUGUCCAAACUAACCCGUGCGAUAAAGUGCGCGAGGCAAUGAUGAAUUAAUUACGAUUUUUGUUUAGUCUAUAAGCCGCCACCUGUUUAGUCUAACGACCACACACUUAUGUAGAUCUCGAACAC